AGGAGCGGCUGCCGCUGUACGCGGCGAAGGAGAGCGCCUCGGGACGGCUGGAGCCUCUGGGCAUGCAUGGAAUACGGUUGUCAGACAGAGCACUUCUGGACGUCUUGUAAAGCGAGACCUGCGGGCAGUGUCUUUUAUUCUCCUGCAAAAACAGAGACAAGGAACCCACUAAGAGAUCUUUCUAGACCUAAAAAAGUAUGGAGGGCACCAGAUAGAAAAUUGGUUUGGGGGAAUCAAGAUACUAUCAGACCUUUAUCUUUUAAUGCUUUGAAUGCGAAGCUGACUAAAAGAGUUGAACGACUCGCAGAACCCAAGAAGAUCUCCAAACUACACGUACCCAACAGGCCUGAAUACCAUAAUAGUUGGGGUCAAGGAUCUAUAAUCUGGAAGCUUCCUACAAAGUCAUUUUUUAGUUAUCCAUCUCCCCGGAUUGAAAGUCUUGCAGAACCAAAGCAGUUACAGGAAGAAUAUCUACAAAAAAGGCCGUAUAGCUCCCCUGAAUGGCACGUGAAAGAUCCUUCACUCAUCCCUGAGGCUUCUGUCCGGAUAGUUCGACUCUCUGUGGCUAAAUCUACACAUCCAGACUUUGUUGCUCCCAAACAGGUUGAAACACAGAUUACACCUGCUGCUUUGCACGCACAUCCCUCAUUAAGAGUGAUCUCUCUUUCAGAACCAAAGGUCAAAACAGAAACAUUAUAUUUUGAAAGAGGAAGAAACGACUUGCCAAUUCGCCCUGUAUCCACUGCUGCCAUGACAGCUCAACCAAGUCUUCGUACACUGUUUCUAGCUAAAGCCAAAACAGUGCAUAGCGAUUAUCUCCCGGUGCAUCCAGUUCAGCAGCCAGUGUCACGUGCCGCCCUAAAAUAUAUCCCAUCACCUAGGAUUGAAGUACUAUCUACCCCCAAUCUAAGAACUCCAUUGAGUGUGAAUGCUAUUAACCUGGAUGCCUUUAAAGUUAAGGAUGCUGCAAAAGUAGCAGUGUGUUCACCGAGAAUAGUGAAAUUGGCAGAGCCUAUUAAACGUUGACUGUGCAGAACAGAAUGCUUCCAACACCAAUUAUGUGUCUUGAUAUCCUCUGAAGAUGUCUGACUCUCCUUUUCUGCCAGAAAACAUCUAUGAGGCCUCUGGGAGAAUCACUGUAAUGAUUAAACAGCCAUUGUUUCUUCUGAGCACUUUUGAGUGUGUAUUUCUGGUCUUCAACAUUCCCCUCUACUCCCACUAAAAAUCGAGAAAUUGGCAGUAGUGGCACAUCUCAUCAUCAUCCUUUUAAGUGAAUGAGAACAUGCCAUUGUUAUUGAUAAGCCUGAAGUUCUUUUUGUAUUUUCUUGUAUGUUUUAUGUAUUUUCUUUUCUAAUAAGGUCAGCGCUCCUACAAUUUAUCCACAUUUCUGUCCAUUUCUCCUUAUAGUAUGCAUAUGUUACCUAUCCUCCUUAGAACAGGUAAUUUUCUUCCUAUACCAGUUACUUUUAAUUAGCUGGAUAUCACAUUUAUGUAUAUAUUAUGAUGAUGAUGAUGAUGAUGAUGAUGAUGAUGAUGAUGAUGAUGAUGAUGAUGAUGAUGAUGAUGCAUUGAUAAGAAAGGCCAAGCUCUCAUGGACAACUUGAAAUGUCAUUUUGUUCUGGAUAUAAUAUAAGAGAUGAGUUACUCCAAAGUGUUGCAUUUUUGCCAACCUUUUUCUAUCUGUGUAUGCUCAGUGUCACAUAAAAUAAGUUUCUUGGUCAACAUGGGUGUCACAGGACUGCUUGAAAACAUCAGAAAGUUUCACAAGAUCACUCCAAAAAUUUCAUCAAUGGCACAUCUGCACAUGUAAGCUUUACAUUUUCAAUAUUUCAAGGCACAUGUAAAUUUUACUUUAGAUAGAACCACACAACUGAAAAAGAGACAAAAGCAAAGUAGUGAAUAAUUCUUGGAAAACAAUAUCUAAGGUAAUUUAAUUCUAUAUCCAGACUCUUCAUGUUGAAGGAAUACCAAUUUUAUGUUAUGUGGAUAUAAGGUUUAUAAGAAGAUCUUGUUGAAAAUAAGGGUAAGGAGUUGACUAAAUGUUAAGAAGGUGAUGCAGAUGGUAGGUUGGGGAAGGAGGGAACCCUAUGGUAACACAAUUUUUACUGAAGCCUUUAUGUGUGGGACUCUUAAUCAUACAUAAAAUUAGUAGGGUAGACUCAGACAAUUGACAUAUAUAAAUGCAGCCUAGGAUACCCCAGAAAAGCUUUAUGAUCACAUGAGAAAUUCAAAUUAAUUCAACUUGUACUUGAUCCUAUGAUACAUUGAUUUAAUAUUGUAAUCAAUUCUUUCUCUACCUAAGUUACCUUUCUAUGUCCUUUAGUUAAGCUUUUCCUUCUGAGCCAGUUUAAAAUUGAGCCUGUUCAUAAGUCACUGUAAUUAAAGGGAAAAGACUUAUUGUCUACCAUUCCUUUAACUCCUGUGGAAAUUCCAGGACUUCCAUUUGUUAUCUGCAAAGGCUUAGGAGCUGACCUGAUAUAUUUCCACAAGAUAUAUUGUCUGUCCUUGCCUAUCCUUGUACAAUUAAAGAGAAUCUUAAGGUCCACUAUCAAGGUCUGCAAUAUGUAGAUGGACCUCCUAAAUCAAUCAAGCAUUCCUUAAUGACAGAGAGGGAUGGUUACUAGCCCCACAUGAGUGAUAGCCCAUUCUCCUCGAUUUAAUCAAUCAUGAUGCUGUCUACCUUGUAAUCAAUGACAUUGUCUUCCUUACCUACCCAACUUGGUUCUUUGUUCCAUGCUUCCCUCAAAACUCAAAAAAGUGUUGUUAACCCCAUAACUGGGUCUUAGCUUUGCUAGGGAAGCUAAGAAUCUAUUUAUUGAUAAAUUUGUGCUUUAUCAAUAAAUUGAAUUUGUUCAGA